AUGCACGUCUCAUACAUCUCUCUGGCGUUCUUCACCAUCGGCGUCAUCGCCGCCCCCGCUGCUCCCAAGCCCAGCAACGAUGUCGGAGGCGUCACUGGCGGCUUCCCUUUCAACCCAGCGGGCCCUUCCAGCAUCGUAGACAACGAUGAUGGAUUCGACGACUUCCCCUCCGCCCUCGACGCAAUGGAACAGGCCUUGGCUGAGAAGCAACAGUCCGCGCAGUCCGCUCAGGCCGCUGCACACCCAUCCACCACCCACGUCGUGCUAGCCAAGCCCACUUCCGCCCAUGGAGUCGCGGACUUCCCAGCUCCUGUCAUCUCUCAGCCUUCGGAUCUCCCUCACCCCUCCUCUGAUACCUCGCAGUCUCAUGUCACUUCCAAGGCUACCCCCACCGCCAUCACCACUCCUUCCUACGCCGCCAUCCCCACUUCUUCCUACUCCGCAAUCCCUGCCCCUUCCUACACCGCCAUCCCCACUUCUUCCUACUCCGCAAUCCCUACUCCUUCUUACGCCGCCAUCGCUACUCCUUCCUACUCUGCAAUCCCUACUCCUUCUUACGCCGCCAUCGCUACUCCUUCCUACUCCGCAAUCCCUACUCCUUCUUACGCCGCCAUCGCUACUCCUUCCUACGCCACUAUCCCAACUCCAGCUAAGGGCAGCUCUACUUCUCCUUCUAGCGAAAUUCCCACUCCGGCAUCUGCUGCCUCUAGCACCCCUGCUGCCCCUGGCCCCCUUGGUGGCCUGGCCGGGAACGUUCCGGUGUUCGGAGGCCUCGUUGCCGGUCCCCUGGCUGGCCUCGGUCUCCGUCGUUGA